GAAUCCCCUUGCAUUCAAUCGCAUUCUGACGAUCCUUGCUGUUCCUUCUCGUUUUUCUCAUUCGAUCUUCUUCGCGGUUUCGCUCCUCUAUGUCGAUUCUUGUUGAGCUUCUUGAUGGUCAUGUUUAGAAACAGUGGUAUAGAGAUCUCUAAAGGAAAUCUUGUCAUUGAUUUCAAACAGGCACCCGUCAUGUUGGAUGAAGAUCUAGAGCGCGCUCUGGUUGCGCAAAAUCCUGCCACUACUACCGAUGGCUCGGUGGAUUUCCGGGACGCGCCCGCAACCAAAGCCAAAACCGGAGGAUGGAAAGCCGCGCCUCUUAUUUUCGGCAUGGAACUAUGCGAAAGAAUGGCUUCGCUGGGACUCCAGCGGAAUCUGGUCACCUAUUUCGUGAAUGAGAUGCACAUCGCUAUUCCAAAAGCAGCGAACAUGGUCUCAAACUUCGUCGGUACAUUGUAUCUGACCCCUUUUAUUGGAGGCUUCUUAGCGGACGCGUAUCUUGGUCGGUUCUUGACGAUCAACCUCUUUGCAUCAGUCCAGUUAGCAGGAAUGGUUCUCUUGACGAUUUCAGCCGUGCUCCCAUCGCUAAGACCGCCCAAGUGCUCGGAUCCUUCACAAGUUAUAUGUCCGAGAGCUCAUGGCUCGCAGAUUGCUGUGCUCUUCACAGGACUUUACCUCGUUGCUCUUGGCAACGGAGGCAUCAAGCCCAACGUAUCCUCCAUGGGAGCUGACCAGUUUGACGAGGGAGAUCCCCACGAGAGUAAACAUAUGUCCAGCUUCUUCAACUGGUUCUACUUCAUCAUCUCUGUGGGAUCCUUGAUAUCGAUCACGGUGUUUGUGUACCUCCAGGAUAACGUCGGGUUUGGCUGGGGAUUUGGCAUCCCGUCUGGCUUGCUGGUUGGGGCCAUUGUAGUAUUUUGCCUGGGUGCUCCUCUGUACAGAUACAAGCCACCCAGUGGAAGCUCGCUGACUCGUAUUGCUCAGGUCAUUGUUGCAGCUUUGACGAAGAAGAAUGCGGCAUACCCUGCUGAUGCUGGGGAGCUGUACGAAGACGAGAAGCCAGAUCAGAAAAUCGAACACAGUAACCAGUUCCGCUUUCUGGAUAGAGCAGCCAUACUACGGCCAGGAAUGUAUGAGAAAAGCCCGUGGCAUUUAUGUACCGUCACCCAGGUUGAGGAAGUGAAGAUGGUUUUAAGACUGCUUCCAAUAUGGGCUACCACGGCGUUCGUAUGGACUGCUCUAGCACAGAUGGAAACUUUCUCGGUCGAGCAGGGAGCCACCAUGCAACGGCGCUUGGGUCCCCGUUUUGUCUUCCCGCCAGCGUCUAUGUCCGUUUUCGAGCUCAUCAACGUCUUGCUCUUCUUGCCACUCUAUGACAAGUUCUUCGUUCCAUUCGCAAGAAAGUUCACUGGCCAUGAGCAGGGAAUAACAGCUCUUCAGAGGAUCGGUAUUGGAAUACUAGCCUCGAUACUGUCCAUGGUUUCUGCGGCUUUGGUUGAAGCAAGGCGGAUUGACACAGCUAGGAAGUAUGGUUUCCUGGAUAAACCCAAGGCAGUGCUUCCAAUUACCAUCUUUUGGUUGAUCCCGCAGUAUUUUCUCCGAGGUACCACUGAAAUCUUCACACAAGUCGGCCAGCUUGAAUUUUUCUACAAGGAGUCUCCACGGCAUAUGCGAAGUUUUGGGACUGCGCUCUACCUCAGUACUAUAGCAGUCGGUCACUUUCUUAGUACAGCGGUCGUCACUAUCGUCAACCGAGUUACAAGCCAUGGCGAUCAACCUGGUUGGCUUACCAAUAACCUCAACAGGAGUAAGUUGAGCAAUUUCUACUGGCUUCUGGCUGCUAUGAGCUCCGUCAACUUCCUGUUCUAUCUUGCCUGUUCCAAGUGGUACAAGUACAAAGAGAUUGGUAAAUCGAGGCAGCCCCCAGAAACACUGGUCCCGGAGUCCCUCUGAACCAGGUUCACGAUUUAUUACAAAUUUUCCUCCAAGUACCCAAGGAAAAAUUAACACGGGAUGACAGAGGCCUUUGGUGCUCGAUGGUUACUCUGGAUUCCCUGUCGCAAUCGUGACACAGUAGCUUAAAUAUCAUCAUCACUGAGUUUUUUGACACCAACUUGCAUACAUGGCAUAAGAGCGACGGACUGCAUGAAACACGUUGGGUGUCUUUUGGUUUUAGUGCCGACCAAAUCAAGCUACAAAACGGAGCGGAGUGAUUCGCAUUGAACAUCAUCAAAGCUAUUCUUUCUCCUUCUUGUUCUUUCAAUUGUAAAUAUGGAUACACUCCCUGGCUGCGA